CAGUUUUUUCUUUAUCUAUUAUUUAGGCAUAAUUGCAUACAGCAGCAUUCUAAUAUUAACGAUAGCAUUAUAAAAUUAGUAAUAAUAUAAGUAUUUAGAUAUCAAAUAAAUUAGGUCACUAAACACAUUUUAAUAACUUAAUAUUUGAUCUGAUUAAUGGCAGAUGUUUUAACCAAUUUAAAUUAAAUUUAACCUAAUUGGUAUGAAGAGCCUAUAUGAUAUAAGAAUGUUUGAGAAGCAGGAUGUUAAAAGUGUUAAAACUUAACAUUAGAAUGGAGAAUAUACACUGUACAAGUACAAUAGUGAGGAGAAUAUUUCCAGGAAUAUUAAUAGUGAUUUUUAUGAUGACUUUCUACAAGAUCUUCAAUGAUCAACAAAAAAUAACACCCAAAUGUAAUUUUGAUUAUUUGAGAGGCUACUUUGCAAAGACUGGGAAAUAUCCCUCGAAAGGGAAAUGGUCAGAAAAUGCUUGGCAACCUGAUGGUUGCAUUUUACCCAAAUCAGAUAAGUCUGACCAAAUGAAGUUCAUCGAAAGAAACAAAUUGACCAGUAUUUUAGUUCUAGGUGACUCGACAGCAUAUCGCUAUCAUGAUGCUAUUCAAAUACAGCUUGAUGGAAUCUAUGGACGCAGAAAUUGUAAAGCUGAAAAAUUGGAGGGCUUAACUGAUGCAAAACAAUUUUUUCCAGAUCGGGAGUAUUUUGAUGAAAUUCCUGAUGUAGUGACACGAGAGCGCGGCUGUGGAGGUUGUCAUUCAAUUACAUAUAGUUGUAAUACAUCAAGGGCAUUCCCCAAAAUUACAACAGAAUUCCUUUCAAUGGACUACUUCAUGGAUACAUCAGUUACAACACGUAGGGAGACGAGAACCAAGACUUGUAAACCAAACUUAACACAGUUUGAAUCAUGGGGUGUUGGCUGUGGAUCAUCCUUAACAACUCAGGAGUUUAUAUUUAAUGAGUACCUUGCAACAAAGACAUCCUCCCAGUACCCUCAACUCAUCAUCCUUGUUGCAAACUUCCAUGACAUUAAAAGGCACAAUGUGGAUAGCUUUAAGCGAACACUGACAUGGUUUAUGGAUAUAGUUAACCAAAGUACAAAAGAAUAUCCUGACACGAAGAUCAUCUGGUUUCAGCCGACUUAUAUUCUAAAAAAAAAUCAACCAAUCGAAUAUCAUAACAUGACGUCGCAAGCAAGAAACUCUGAACUCUAUGAAAAUGUGAAAGAAGUAUUGACAAAAUAUUUUGAAGAUAAUUCUGGAAGAUUUCUACCAUUUUAUAGUUUAGAAGAUAUAAGUCAUGGUGUUCCAGAUUUAAAUGUUGAUGGUAUACAUUACAAGAAAGACUUUUACAUUAGGAUCAUACAACUUUUCUUCGAUACAUUGAUAUCAUUACAAAAAUGUGACUAUGCCUAAUAUUUCAAAUAUUUCAAAGCCUAUUUUGAAAUUCAAUAUGACUGGUCAUUGAUUUGAAAUUUCUUGAAAGUUGUCUUGAAUAUGAAGAAGAUUGGUUGAUGUAAAAAAGAUCAAAUUGGGAUAAAUCUAUCCUUUGCAAGAGCUUGAUUUCAUUUUUACUCUUCGAAUGGGAGGUGAUUCUUUGAUGUUGCCUUUAUCCAAUCACACUUACACAUUUAUAGCUGAUUUGAAGCCUAUACGUGCAGUGAAUUAUCAAAUCGAGUAUACACAGAUAGAGAUCAAUGUAACAGCUAAUAAUUGUGUGAGUUUUAAAUCUAAAAUGGUAAGUUUCAAAAGUUAUCAAACUUU